AUGAAUCGUAUCGUACUUGUAAUCACUAUUUUAUUUGGUUACGGCUUCGCUCAGUCUGGUAGAGCUGAGAGCAGUACUUUUGAACAAGCAGAAGCAACCGUGGAGAUUCAAUAUGGUGGUCAAGUGGGCUCUGGUAUUAUUCUGUUAACAAGCGAUCCGGCUUCUGGUACGGCCACUGCAACCCCGAACUCGAGGGCAACUGCACAGAGUACGGCUUUCCUGGUGGGAGCCGGGACACCAUUGUCCUCUUCUACUCUGUUCAACACACCACCAGUAUUUGGGACCAGCCGAACGCAGAUGAUUAACGAUACAGCUCUAAGUCACUACCUAUUCCCAACGGCUACAGGUUCUUCCCAAAUAAUGCCUGGAACGGCUACUCAAAGUUUAUCGGAGCCAAAUACUUCCAGCCCUAGCCCAACCCUUGUGUCUGGGCCGGGUAUACGGCUUGCUAUCACUUGGUCUCAUGUGUUCUUUUGGGCAGCGAUAGUAUUCAGUUUUCUUUGA